AAAACUAAGAGUCAAGAGCCAAGGGCCGGUCUUGGACUUGGGACAGUGAACACGAUGGUCUCGGUGGUGUCUUCUCACGGAGUGAUCCCUUCCGAACCCACACCAACUGGAAUUUUCCCUCUCUCCGAUUUCGACCAGAUCAGGCUCUCCAGUCACGCCCCUCUCCUUUUUGUUUACAGACCCCAUUUCAACGACCACGCCCCCCUUCCUUUCUCCAUUCACACUCUCGCCAAAUCUCUAAGCCGAGCCCUGGUUCACUUCUAUCCCUUCGCCGGUCAGUUACGUGAAAUCCAAGGUGGUCGCUUUCAACUCCAUUGCAAUGCUAUGGGAGCUCGGCUCUUAGAAGCAGUUUCGGAGGCCAAGUUGGAUGAUUUGGGUGAUUUCCAGCCAAACCAAGAUGUGGAACAGCUCAUGCCCAAAAUUGAUUAUCGUCUUCCGCUGGAGGAGAUUCCGCUCUUGGUGGUUCAGCUAACCAGAUUCCGUUGUGGUGGUCUUACUCUUGGGGUUGCCGUGUCACGUGCUGUGGUUGAUGGGGUAUCUGCUAUGCGUUUCGUGAUUUCAUGGGCUAGGAUAACUAGAGGAGAGGGUUUAGAUUUAAGCUCAAGUGAAAUGCUACUUCGUGAUUCAACUAUUUUAGAUUCGCGAAAGCCAUGUACGGCGCCGCGUUUUGAUCAUCCUGAGUUUUCUCCUCCACCUCUUUGGGAAGGUAGCUUGGUAGAUGCAGAGGAUGAGGCUGAUACUGCUAUUUUGAAGAUCACAAAAAAUCAAGUUCAAAAACUGAAGGAAAAGGCCAGUAAUUUUGGUCCUCCCCGACGGCCCUAUACGAGUUUUGAGGUAAUCUCUGGGGUGUUGUGGAGAUGUGCCUGCAAGGCACGGUAUGAAGGAAAUGGCAACCAACCAACGAGGCUGUCCACUUUGGUUGACUGUCGAAAUCGAUUGAGACCACCUCUUCCUAAUGCUUUCUUUGGAAAUGUAACAUUACCCACCGUGACUAAAACUAGUAAGUUUGAUGAUGUCAUGAGUAAACCUGUGAGUUAUGCCGUUGGGGAAAUAAGACAAGCAUUAGAGAAGCUGACAGAUUCUUAUGUGAGGUCAGCUCUUGAUUACAUAGCAGGUCAGAACGAUGUGAGAUUGCUGAGGAACGCUGGUCCUGGAAAAUUUAAGGGAAACCCAAAUCUAACUCUUGUUAGUUGGAUGAAUUUUUCAUUUCAAGAUGCUGAUUUUGGGUGGGGAAAACCUGUUUACAUGGGACCAGGGAAUAUUAACUCCGAGGGGAAAGCUUUCUUGAUGAAUGAUGGCGCUGGUGAUGGCUUCAUUGUAGCCAUACGUUUGCAAGCGUCACGUUUGGCAGCUUUCAAGAAGUUGUUCUACGAGGAAGCACGGGGGAUGUUACAUACUACUUCUAAAUUAUGAUGACUGUGAACUCUGUAUUUAUUCUGUAGCCUCCUUCGAUAAAUUUACUCCGGGGAAUAGAUGCAGUGGAGACGGGUGGGACCUGUAACUCAGAGGAUUAG